AAUUAGAGAGAGAGAGAGAGAGAGAGACAGACUGACUUGUGGUGCCAAUUUGAUCUAAAAUCUGAAUGCAGAUUCUUUCAAAUAAUUCACAGUGACUAGUUAGUAGUCUUUGGAUUUUACCCCACAAAAAGAAUAAAUAAAUAAGUUCUCUAAGCUGUGUCUCCGUGCGGCCAUGGCGGCUAGUAUUGCAGCAGGAGGGGUGGGGAUAGGAGGGGUUCCCAAACUCCACCCGCCAUUUCUGGGGAAGAAGCUCAGGAUCAAAACCAACACUCAGUCAAUAGUUCGAAGCUCGAAUCCGCAAAGAUUUAGAGUCUGUGCUUCGGGUGGAGGAGAGCUGAUCAAUGGGGUUUGGGACCUUUUUCUGGGUGUGGGAGUAGGGCUUCCAUGUACGGUGAUGGAGUGUGGUGAUAUUAUAUACAGGAGCACUCUUCCCAAGUCUAGUGGGUUAACGCUUACAGCUCCUGGUGCGGUAUUGGCUUUGGGUGCUUUGUCUUAUCUUUGGGCCACUCCUGGUGUGGCUCCUGGUUUCUUUGACAUGUUUGUUCUAGCUUUCGUCGAGAGGAUUUUCAGACCCACUUUUCGGAAGGAUGAUUUUGUUUUGGGGAAGAAGUUGGGUGAGGGAGCUUUUGGAGUGGUUUAUAAAGCUUCACAUGCCAAGAAACCUGCUUCCAAGAAAGAAGGUGACCUAGUCUUGAAAAAGGCUACUGAAUAUGGAGCAGUAGAGAUUUGGAUGAAUGAGCGUGUGCGAAGAGCUUGUGCGAACAGCUGUGCGGAUUUUUUAUACGGCUUUCUUGAGAGUUCUGGAAAGAAAGGAGCUGAAUAUUGGCUUAUAUGGAGGUUUGAAGGGGAAGCCACACUUUCUGAUUUAAUGCAGAGUAAAGAAUUUCCCUACAAUGUUGAAACAAUGCUUCUUGGAGAAGUACAGGACUUGCCUAAAGGGUUGGAAAGGGAAAAUAGUAUCAUUCAAACAGUUAUGAGACAGCUUUUAUUUGCUUUAGAUGGUCUUCACUCAACAGGGAUUGUGCAUAGGGAUAUUAAGCCGCAAAAUGUUAUAUUCUCUGAGGGUUCUCGUACAUUCAAGAUUAUUGAUCUUGGAGCUGCAGCAGAUUUAAGAGUGGGCAUCAACUACAUUCCAAAGGAGUUUCUUUUGGAUCCAAGGUAUGCUGCACCAGAACAGUACAUUAUGAGCACCCAAACUCCAUCAGCACCCUCAGCUCCAGUGGCAACAGCGCUAUCCCCAGUCCUUUGGCAGCUGAAUUUGCCCGAUAGAUUCGAUAUCUACAGUGCUGGUCUCAUAUUCCUACAGAUGGCAUUCCCUGCAUUACGCAGUGACAGUGGCCUCAUACAAUUCAACCGUCAGUUAAAAAGGUGUGAUUACGACUUGGUUGCAUGGAGGAAAAGCAUUGAGCCUCGUGCUUCCGCUGAUCUACGAAGAGGUUUCGAGUUAUUGGAUUUGGAUGGUGGAAUUGGAUGGGAACUCCUAACAUCAAUGGUUCGAUACAAAGCGAGACAAAGAAUCAGUGCAAAAGGAGCUUUAGCUCAUCCCUACUUCGACAGGGAAGGCAUUUUAGCUUUGUCAUUCAUGCAGAAGCUGAGGAUGCAACUCUUUCGAGCCACACAACAAGACUAUGAGGAAGCUGCCAAGUGGAUUAUUCGUCAUAUGGCAAAAUCAGGAACCAAGCAAGAUGGUGGAUUCACAGAAGCUCAACUCCAGGAGUUCAGAGAAAUGGGUCAGCCUAAGAAGAAGGCCAGUCCACAAAGGAAUGCACUUGCUUCAGCUCUCCGGCUGCAGAGAAAGAUUGUCAAAACAUUGAAUGAGAGCAUGGAUGAGCUUAACCGGCGUCGCAAGAGUUUAUGGUGGAGUAGGUGGAUUCCCAGGGAGGAAUGAACUUGUGAAUACAUAUAGUUUUUUUUUUUUUUUUCCUUCUAUUUUUUUGCUCUUUUUGUAAAUUUUUUGUGUAGCAAUAUUAACUGAGCACCUUGGAAAAAAACCAGAGAAUGAUCCUUAAGGUAAAAAGAACUUAGCUGGAAUCUAGUAUAAGCAUACCUGGAAUCUUUGAAUAUAAAUGUAUAUUAAUUCCAUUGGGAUUACAAAAUUAUUAUAUAGAAUACUAACUAAUGAAGUGAAUGGGAAGCAUAUUUUAAACUUUUU